UUCGUCGCUUCCUUUGCAUAAAUUAGAACCUUACCUUCAACAAAACUCAAGUGAGCAUGUUUAGGGAAAUUUUGGUGCUUUUCUUAAGUUAUUAAUGGUCAAAAGGUGAUCAGGAUGAUCCUUCAGAUGACAAACAUUUUCUGGACGUAAAGAUUCCCAGCCUCCCUAAGACUACAAAUCUUAAAAGCUCUUAACCUUCGUAAAGUUCAGUUCUCAAAUCUUCGCGACACAAAAUGGCAGAUAGGCUUUGUGAGCUUUGCAUCGGCUGUUGUUCAACGAUCUGCGCCAUCUUUUGCCGAGAAAUGACAAUGAAGACGGCCUAUACUGUCCAAUUUGUCAUAUACAGCAUUUUACAAGGAUACAACGUCGCCUCAGACAUAGGAAUGUUUUUCGACGUUUUCAACGCUGUAAGGAAAUGCAAUGAACUGGAAGAGAACUCGAAUGCCAAUGGAACUCAAGUCGACCCGGGAGGAGCAAGGAUCUAUUGCAGGGCACCAGGAAACUUUACAACAUCAGAUCUCGACAAGCAUAUCACAACUCUGGAAAUUCUACAAUGGUUUUUCCUAAUUUUUUCUGGGAUUGGUUUUGCGCUGUACAUCGCACAUGUAUGCACACUACUGCCAAAUUUAUGCAAGCAUUGUCGAGAACCAGAAUUUGAACACGACCUUGGCUCACUAGAUACACCAAAAUACUACCGAAGCAUUGUACACAUUCACACCAUGUUUAUGUGCAUAGAGACAUUUAUUCAUGACAUUCCCGUAUCCUGUUUGGCUGUGGAGUUGAGCGUACAUUAUUUUGGGUCAGCAAACUGCUGGGAAUGCGCAAUAAGCGCCAGCUCGGUUCCCGCCGAGCUCUCUUUGAAAAGAGGUAGUCUGUGGAUUGGGCUUAAAGUGUCAGCGGUUGCAUUAAUCACCAUCUAUAAAGGGAUCCUUCCAUUAUACUUUUGGAUUGGGAACCCUUUCUGCUGGAGCUGUUAUCCCUUAAGGUUCUUGAUCGCUGCACCAGCCGGGCUUGGUUUUAUGGUGAUGAUCCUGGCUCCAUGUAUGGGCAUUGCAAAGCUCAGAGUCAUGGUAGAAAUCCCAGAUCUGGCAGGUGCAGUCGGUGGACCUUCCGACAUCAUCUUCAUGAUUGGACUGGUUUUCUGGGUAAUUCUCAUUGUCGGCUUCCUGGCUUACAAGAUCUUCUAUAAUUUCAUCAUGGAGUUGUGUCCUUGCCUUGCUUGGUGCGAGGACGACGAUAAGAAAAAGAAAGAAGCAAAAGAGGAGAAGACAACUGGAUGCCUAUGUUUCUAGUAAUGUAACUUACAAAACCAGAACCGCACUUUUAUUGGACAGGAUAUUUUUUUACUGACGGAUUAUAAUCCUGUCUUUAUCUUGACUAUCAUAAUAACAAAAGUAAGCCAUAAUGCUACACGAACAUGCUCAUCCGGAAAUCGACACAACUAUUUUUGUUAAUACGGAUCAGGUGUUUAUAGGAAACUUGUUCUACAAAGCCUCAGGCCUAAUCAGGGUUUUUAAGAAUUAGGUAUCAGGGGUAUGUUUUAUUCAGUUAUACAGUAUUUUUGCAUGACAAUGCUGACUUAAAAUGUCUCCUUUUUUUACUUUUUUUUUUAUUUGGUACAUUGACACUAUUCAACAAUUCGAGACAAUUUUAACCACUGCUAGCCAAUUAAUGUUGAGAUUUUUGCAAUCUUGGCGAAAAUACUGGGUAUAUCAGUGUCCUUCUUACGUACACUAGAAGCUAGCUGAGAUCCUUCUUUAAUGGAAAAGUUUUAAUGUUGACUAGGCGCUCGAGAAAUGAACUGAUAUAAAUCAUUCGAUCGAUUCCAUUGUGGGAAAAGAUCUCCUAAACUCGUCCUGACUGUAAAAUUUCAAUAUCCUGAUUUUGUCAAUUAUUUGGGUCAUUCCCAACUGAAUGUACGUAUGCGUGGCAUGCUAAGUAGAGGAUAAAAAUCCUGCACUCUCACUCCAAGUCAUUAAAUCUUAAGAAAAAUUCGAUUUGUUGAGCUUUUCAAUUUGUGUGCGCUUUGCAAUGCUGUAGUAAUGAGCAAAAUAAAAAAGAAAAAAACCACCAAGUUAUGAGGAAGUGUUCGAAAAAAAUGUGAUUAGGGGAAUACUGCCUAAGCAAAUAGUAUAGAUAAGCUCUUGUUUGAAACAUUUUAAGGCCUGAGUUUGUAAAUAUUGUGGAGUUAAAACUUAUGCAUGUUCAUAAAAAGCUGAGCAUGAAAAUGGUGGGCAGAUGCUAUGGAACAAAAUAAACUGAGUUUACAACA